AUGUCUUCCUCCGGAAGCGGCGGCGGCAAGCAGGAGAAGGAGGAGUACCGUUCCGGUGGCUACACCAAGAACGACAGCUUCGCCUGGGGAUCCAAAGGUAAGGGCCCGACCUACAUCGAUAAAGACGGGUGGAAGAGGAACACGUGCGACGGAAAUCGCACCUACGAGAACCCGCCGCGCAAGUACAAUCCUGACGCGCGUUUCGCUGAACGCGUUCUUGGGACGCUGCGUCUGCCACUAAAGGUAACCGAAACCAUCGCCGCCGAAUUGGUGCGGCAGGCCUCCACCGGACAGUGGAUCUUCAACCUCGCGACCAACGUCGCGGGUACCAUCGCCCUCUCCAUCAAGGACCACGGCGCCCAGACCAGCGAGCGCAUCACCUUCUAG